UCGGGCAAGGUUAUGAGUUUAAAAUACGAUUUUUGUUAGGAACUUACUUACUACUACUUAACUGCCUACUUUAUAAUUUAGUUUGCGAGUAAAGUUCUAUUCUAUUAGUGUCGGUUAGUAGACCCAGAUAAUAAUAUUGUUACGCAUUCUCACUUCUCUGUCAGUUUUCACUGUUUAGUAGAAAAAUAAAUAGUGUUUUAUUAACUAAAAUGUUAAGCUCGAUCAGGACACCUACGUUGAUUCGAGUAUUUUUUGGCGGUCAGCGUCUACAUACAUCAGUAGCACGACUAGAAGGACAGAAAAACGAAAAAACCAUCAAUCAAGUGACACUUUUGGGAAGAGUUGGUGCAGAUCCUCAAAAACGUGGUUCUGAAGAACAUCCUGUAAUAAAUUUUCCUCUUGCAACACAUUACAGCUACAAAUAUGAAUCUGGUGAUAUACUGCAAAGAACAGAUUGGCAUAGAGUGAGUAUAUUCAAACCUGGGUUACGAGACACUGUCUAUAAAUAUUUAAAGAAAGGUCAAAGAAUUUAUGUAACUGGAAAAUUAUCUUAUGGAGAAGUAAAAUUGGAUGACGGGCAAGUGAGAACAGCCUCAACUGUUAUUGCUGAUGAUGUUAUAUUUUUUCAAAGCAUACCUUAUGAAUCUGAAUAAUAAAGGCCAUAAUAUCAUUUGCAAUGAAAUGUCAUUGCAAGAGAUUUGCAAAACAAGCAUUUAGUGAUUAAUAAGUGUUGAAGUUAUAUUUUGUACAAACCAAAAACCCAUCAGUAACCAUUCAAUUAAAUUGAAUUUAGUCUUA